CCCUCCUUCUCUCUCCCCGGCUCCCUCGUUCUCUCUCUCUCUCUGAGUGUUUGCUCGCAUUUCUUUUUCUCUCUUUUUCAUUCUCUCACCCUCCAUAUCAGAAUCGCGCAGAGCGGUGUCCGUGUGGGGGAUGCAAGAAGCCAAUGGGAUGAGGAUCUGAUAGUAGAUGCAGAUAGUACAUUUUCGAAAACUCACGGCAAAAUAUGAAACUACUUAUCUGCAGUCGAGUAAAUCACAGAAAACUGCUUGGGAACUGGCACCCUUCAACGGAAUUGUGAUGCUGGAACUCUACAGCGGAAACGUACCUAUGGGAGCUAAAUAGUUGGGCUUUAGAGAAAUUAUUUUGACAAAGGUGAACAAUCACAAGUCAUUCAGUUGUUUGGAAAUCAUCGCUUGUUGUGGUAUUGUUUGUUACCUCAGUAACAGCUAAACUGACCACUCUCCGUAGCUCCUGCGCUGAUACAAACACAUUAAAAAAAGCAAACUCUUGCACAAAAUCAGCAUCGAAAAAAUGAGCUCCUAUUUCGUCAACUCUCUCUUCACCAAAUACAAAAGUGGAGAUGCUCUACGACCGAACUAUUACGAGUGCGGUUUUGCUCAAGACCUGGGGACAAGACCCACCGUCGUGUACGGUCCAGGCACCGGGGCCACUUUCCAGCAUGCCCCCCAGAUUCAGGAGUUUUACCACCAUGGCGCAUCCACGCUCUCUGCAUCCCCAUACCAGCAGAGUCCAUGUGCGGUAACUUGUCACGGCGAGCCUGGAAACUUCUAUGGUUAUGAUGCUCUCCAGAGGCAAACACUUUUCGGUGCUCAAGACGCCGACUUGGUUCAGUAUAGCGACUGCAAGCUCGCCACUGGGGGCAUCGGUGACGAGACGGACAACACAGAGCAGAGUCCGUCGCCCACACAGCUGUUCCCCUGGAUGCGACCUCAAGCAGCUGCCGGACGAAGGCGAGGCCGCCAGACCUACAGCCGCUACCAGACGCUCGAACUCGAGAAAGAGUUCCUCUUCAAUCCCUACCUGACACGAAAGCGAAGGAUUGAAGUAUCACACGCUUUGGGACUGACCGAACGACAAGUCAAAAUCUGGUUUCAAAAUCGACGCAUGAAAUGGAAAAAAGAAAACAACAAGGACAAGUUUCCAAGCAGCAAGUCUGAACAAGAACAGAUCGAAAACGAGAAACGGGAGAAAGAACAGGCGUCCGGGGCACAGUCAGCUGGCGAAGACUGCGACAAGGCAAAACAAAUAUAGAACGGAUGUGUGUGUGUGUGUGUGUGUGUGUGUGUGUGUGUGCGCGCGGGCGUGUGUGAAAAUGGCCAAGAAUGAAAACUGAAAAUAAAACACAGGCAAUGAUGAAGAGUAAGGAUGUUUGCAUGGGAGACCGUUUAGUCAAGCCGAGUUGUAACAUCUUUCACCCAAUGAAGGAAGGAGUCGAAACAAUGACUGGGACUAGAUAAUGACUAUAUACCUAAUGUGAUUACUACAAAGCUUCGGGAAAUCGAAGGUCAAGAAGCAUUUCUACUUUUUAACUGAUGUUCGGAGAGUCAUGAUAGUGUUGAAACUAGUCUCCUUUCUUUGUGGAAUAAUUAUCGUGAAACUUAUGUUUCUAUUGUUAGGAUACUGUCAUUAACAAUUACAUUGGCAGCUGUAUAGUUUUUAAGUUAAAUGGUGCACUUUUAACUGUUUUUCACUUAUAUGUUAUGAUGUUGACGUAGUGAUUAAUGACUUCCAACAACAUGAAACUGCCUAUUUAUGCUGUAGAAUCUCUUUUUACACGUCUUUUGUUCUUCUCAAAUCGAUGGUAUUUCAUUGUCUUCCUUUCCUGGGGUAAGCAUGCGCACAGAGGAUUAUAAAAAUGAAAUAAACUUAAUAAAAAAUUAUGUCAUUUGACCCAUUGCUUAUUACAAAUCAAAAUGUUGUUUUUCACGUUUACUGGUGAAAAAGAUUGUGGGUAUGACUAUAUGCUUUUAUUGUCAUUCGUAACUGUGUUCUAGUGUUUAAACGUGGAUGCCCCUGAAGAAAGUGGACACAAUAAAGUUAAAAAGCAAG